CUUCGCGACUCAACAGAGCAGUUUCAGGAAUAUUACAGACAAAGACUACGUUACCAGCAACACUUAGAACAGAAAGAGCAACAACGACAGUUGUACCAGCAAAUGUUGUUGGAAGGAGGUGUGAAUCAAGAAGAUGGAGCUGACCAGCAACAGAAUCUUACUGAACAGUUUCUUAACAGAUCUAUCCAGAAGCUAGGAGAAUUAAAUAUAGGUAUGGACAGUCUUGGAAAUGAUGUACAAACACUUAGCCAGCAAUGUAAUGGGAGCAAAGGGAAUGCAUCUACCAAUGCAGCAAGUAACUUUAUAUCACCACCUUCAGACGCUAGUCAGAGGGUAACAACUGAUAGCCAAAACGUUAAUACAAGCACUCCUCGAAAGCGUGGAUCAGCUAAUCAGAUACCCUUCCCUGAAGAGUCACCUGUACACGGGAAUCAAAUUGUGUCAGAACAUGCUGUCACUCAGCCACAGUUGGAAGACUCUUCAGGGAAUUUAACUAGGACAAGAGCCGAUGAGGAUGACAAAUCAAAAAAGCAGUUCAUUUGCAUUAAUACUCUAGAAGACACACAAGCUGUCAGAGCUGUAGCCUUUCAUCCCAGUGGGAGUUUAUAUGCUGUUGGCUCCAACUCUAAAACUUUGAGAGUUUGUGCCUAUCCAGAAGUAAUUGACCCAAGUGCUUAUAAUACUCCUAAACAACCUGUAGUUCGCUUCAAAAGGAACAAGCAUCAUAAAGGAUCAAUCUACUGUGUAGCCUGGAGUCCCUGUGGACAGCUGUUAGCUACUGGUUCUAAUGAUAAAUAUGUGAAAGUACUGCCUUUUAAUGCAGAAACUUGUAAUGCAACAGGACCAGAUUUGGAGUUCAGCAUGCAUGAUGGGACAAUCAGAGACCUUGCUUUUAUGGAAGGCCCAGAAAGUGGUGGUGCUAUUUUAAUAAGUGCUGGAGCAGGGGACUGUAAUAUUUACACAACAGAUUGUCAGCGAGGACAAGGCCUGCAUGCUCUAAGUGGUCACACUGGUCAUAUUUUAGCACUUUAUACAUGGAGUGGCUGGAUGAUUGCAUCUGGAUCCCAAGACAAGACUGUAAGAUUCUGGGAUCUGAGAGUGCCAAGCUGUGUUCGUGUUGUGGGAACAACGUUUCAUGGAACAGGAAGUGCUGUAGCCUCAGUAGCUGUUGAUCCCAGUGGUCGUCUCCUGGCUACAGGACAAGAGGACUCUAGCUGUAUGUUGUACGAUAUUCGAGGAGGCCGAAUGGUGCAGAGCUAUCAUCCUCAUUCCAGUGACGUUCGUUCUGUUCGCUUCUCUCCAGGGGCACACUACUUGCUCACAGGAUCAUAUGAUAUGAAAAUAAAGGUGACAGACUUGCAAGGGGACCUCACGAAGCAGCUUCCUCUUAUGGUGGUAGGAGAGCACAAGGACAAAGUUAUUCAGUGCAGGUGGCAUACGCAAGAUCUUUCCUUCUUGUCGUCUUCUGCAGACAGAACUGUAACCCUUUGGACCUACAAUGGCUAGAGUGCAAACAAAGGCAACCUAUGCAGCUAAAGCACAGAGACCUGAGACGACGGAACUGUAAAAACAAAGUAAUAAUAAUUAGGCAUUGAGAGAGCAGCAGUCGAGUGGGAGAGUGUCGUAUCAAGAGGAGGGGCACUUGUCACAGAUGUUUCUGGUUUCUGGGAGGUCUUGGUGUUUUUAGUAUAUCCUUUUGCAGUGCUUUCAGUCUUCCAUGUGAACUCAUGCUGCUGUGACCUGUUGUAGUCUUGUUGCCAAAGUCUAUGAGGAGAACUCUUAUGUUGUCGAUGUGCACUCAAAGUAACAUGAACGAUGUGUUUACAGUUUGGUAUUGAUUGCAUUCCUUGGUCUUUGCCUCAAUGAGAACUUUAUAUAGGAACUUAAGUUGAACAACACUUUAACCAAGUCCGUACGUAACUAGUUCCACACACAUACACAUAAAAGAUAAAUUACUUCCACUGUUUUUUCAGAUUUAUUAUAUUCAUCACUUCUCAACAAGAGGUCAGACUUUAUAACAUCUCCACAAUUUCAACUUUUUUAGUAACAAAUUCUGAACUUUAAAGGUGACUAGGCAGUAACCACAUCUUGAUUAUGGUCCAUUAUAUAGUGUGGGUUUUUUCUUUCUUUUCAUCUAAACUGGGGGAAAUGUUGCUGUUUUUACUAUGUGACAUUGUUUUGAACAAGCUAACAUGUUGGAGGGGAAAAAAGUAAAAUAUUGAUUUUUUUUUUCUGUAGAAACAUAUAAUAUUUUACUUUUUGAAUGCAACAGAAUACCUCUGUGUAUAAUGUACUGUAGAAGAGUGGAUUGGCAGCAGUUGUCACAGUGAGCUUAAUGGCUAUCAGUUUUUUCAAGUAAAAGGGAUACCAUUAAUGCUAUUAUAGAAACCAGCAUGGCUUCAAAUGCUAUGUCUGCAUGAUAACUUAAGAAUUAAACUGUUUAAAUUCCCAGUUCAGAAGCUUAUCUGAAUUUUAUUUCUUGCACUGUUUAUGUAUGGGAAAUUGCGGUUUUAUUUCUACAAAACUUUAGAUUCUAAUGUUUAUGUAUUGUUAUAUUUUCAUAUUGUACAGUUCCUUUUACUUUUUAAAAUAUAAACCUUAAACAUUAGGUUAUUUAUUUAUUUGAACUGCAGUUAAGUUUUGGAUUCUCUUGGUUACUAAAUUAUAUGUGCACCGUAGCAAGCAUUUUUAACUAUCGUAUAAAAGUGGAAAGGUAACUAUAGAAGUGUAUCUGUGCUAUAAUCUCAAUAAAGACCUCCAACACCUGCA